CGUGUAAUCUUCAAGAAAUUUUGUGAAAAAGACUGUUAAUAAUUGAAAUUUCGUUUCUUUAACUUGACUUUACAAUCCAGAAUUUAGAAACAUGGUGUCACAUGUGGGCUAACAGUUUCGUCAUACAUGCAAGUUUACUUCUCUCGCACAUAAUUUCAGGUUUUAAACAUAUUAUGUCAGUUGUCAGAAGUUAAAAAUAAUUCAAGUGGUAGCCUAAUUUUGUUAAAGGACUUUAAAGAUUAAAAUCAAAGAUGGAGUUUCAAGCUGUUAUCAUGGCUGGAGGGAGAGGUUCCCGUAUGACAGAUUUAACAGCAAAAUGUCCAAAAGCUAUGUUACCUGUUGGUAAUCAUCCUUUAAUAUGGUAUCCAGUUAAUAUGCUUGAAAGAGCUGGAUUUGAAGAGGUUAUAGUAAUAGCGUUAGAAUCAUCAGUAACAGAUAUACAGAAGUCUCUUGUUUGUCGUGGUAUUAAAAUGAAAUUAGAUAUUGUUGGUAUACCAGAUAAUGAAGAUUGGGGUACAGCAGAAUCAUUGCGCUAUAUUAAAGAUAAAAUAAAGACAGAUAUAUUGGUAGUUGGUUGUGAUUUAAUAUCUGAUAUUAGUUUACAUCAGAUAGCUAAUUUACAUCAAGCUUAUGAUUCAUCUGUUACAAUGUUGUUAUCACCAUUACCUGAUCAAUACACAGAUAUUCCAGCUCCUGGCGUUAAAUCAAAGAAAAAAACAGAAAGAGAUUUUAUAGGUUUUGAUGAAAAAGGAAAAAGAGUGUUAUUUUUGACAUCUGAAGUGGAUUUAGAAGAAACAAUAUCAUUUAGUAAAUCAACAUUAAAAAGACAUCCUUAUAUUAAUAUUAGAUCUAAACUAACAGACUGUCAUUUAUAUUUAUUAAAAAAAUGGGUUGUAGACUUUUUAGCAGAAAAUCAAAGAAUGUAUACUAUUAAAGGAGAAUUAAUACCACAUUUAGUCAGAAGACAGUUUUGUAGACCUAAAGCUCAAGAAUCAGAAAUUCCAGGAAAUACUCCUGCAAGUUUAGCAUCACAGCAAGAUACCAAAGCUAGUAUCCAUGACUUUACAGUAAAUAAUGACAGUUACUCUUCUCAAAUUAUUGAUCUCUCCACGUGGAUUGAUCAUGAUGGUGAUAUGGCUGAUUGUUUCCAUGGUGAAAGUAUUCGUUGUUAUGCUCACAUACAGGAAGAGGGAUUCUGUAUUCGUGCAAAUACGUUAAGCUCUUAUUGUGAAGCCAACAGACAAGUACCUCGGUUAUUAAGUACAUUAUCUCCACAUAAAGAAUUUAAAUUAAUACAUCCUACAGCAGUAGUUAAAGAAAAGUCACAGAUAGGACAAGAUUGUUUAGUAGGUGAAGAUGUUACUGUGGGUGAGAAAGUUUCUAUAAAACGAUCUGUGAUUGGACGUAAUUGUAUUAUAGGGGAUAAAGUUAAAAUAACUGGUUCAGUAAUAAUGGAUAACAUUCAUAUAGCAGAGAGUUGUAAUAUUCAAGGGAGUAUAAUUUGUUCUCAAGCACAGUUGUCUGAAAAGUGUGAAUUAAAGGAUUGUAUAGUAGGACAUCGACAACAAAUAAUAGCCAUGGGUAAAUUUACAAAUGAGGCUAUAAUAGAUGUUGAAAAAAUGAUGGAGAUCUGAGGAACCUGUUAUUAUAAUUUAUACCCUAUCUGAGAUUCAACUUAAUUGAUACUUAUAUUUUUCUUCAGAACUCAGUAAUUUAUCUACUCUUGAUCUUGUCUUAAUGCAAAAAAAAAAAUCAUUAAAAAUUUGCCCUGUUUUUCACAACUGGGGAAAAAGAAUCA